AGCCUACAAAGGCAGGAAUAUCUCGCUUGGACUGCUCAAGGAUACGACCCAAGAAGAGAAGCUCAACAGGAGAAACACCUAUACCUGACGUUGCACCAAAAAUUGAUGUUCGUGGGGCGAAUGUAGUCCUCAACUCAUUGGCCCAUGCUAAGCACGAGGAAUAUGUUGUGUUAGUGCCCGAGACUGAAGAAUAUGGGACUUCUAGUCAUCGCCGUGGAGGAAGGAACGCAAGGGGGAGAAAACCGUACCAAGGCCGUAAGGGCUCGUACCCUGCAGAUUCAUCAAAAACUAGAGGUACCCAAAGGAAGACAGUGACACCAGCAAGGCGAAGGAAGGGCAAAGCGACGGGUCAAACAAUCAAUACACCACCAAAUCCUCAACAAAACAUCUUCGACAGAGACUUCCCGCCGUUCGUCGUAGAAGAGAUCGGACAAGGUGACUGCGAAGACGAUGAGCCCGAAUUUACGGAUUUCGAGGUAUUGGAGGAUGAGGACGGAUUGAUGGAGCUGGGACUUCGUGAGUGCGAUCUUCUCGACGGAGCUGAACAUGCUUUCCUGUGAGAAAAGCGGGAUGAUGUCGAGGAAUUGUGACGAAGAGCGGAAAAAAAUAUAUGGGAAAUGAAAGAAAGGACCACAUAAAAUAUUUUAAGGAGUUACAUAACAUAUGAAAGAUUUAAUAUGACCUAUGCCGCUGUGAAUGUCUUUAUAGAAAUAUCACCUCGAUAUUUUAUUUUUUGUACGAGGCUCGCUGGUACCUGCCUCAUUGUUUUACCAUAAUAAUAGGAUGUUUUAUAGAUACUUUGCGUAGAAAUACCUUGAAUUA